AUGAACUACCUGGUAUCUUCCCUGAGGAGCUAUGCAGUGUUGCAGGGGCUCCUGCCUGCUAAAACAUUUGCAUUUAGUGCAAGGCUCAGCAUCACAUGGUUCAUUAUGUUUAUACUCUCUACCGUUGGAGUAGAAGCACAGCUUGGAACAACUCCUUACAUAAAACACAUUGUGGUUGGAAGAUGUUUCACUUACUCCGCAAUAGUUAACCCCAGAUUAAGGUAUGACUGUGAAGAGAUUUGGACACAUUUUGAAGAGGCUGUUAUCCACCGGCCAUCUUGUAAUGUUACAGUUGAACAUUAUAAUCAGAUGUUUCAUCUGAUGCCACAAAUCUGGCCCUGUGAAAAGUUCCUUUUUUGGAGUAAAACCAGGGCGCUGAUGCACAGCUAUGCAGCUGUUUUUCGACACUUCUGGACACUUGAAGACACACUGGCAGGCUACAUGUUCAACGAUCUCGUGUGGUGUGGCCAGGAUGAAGAUUCUGGUAGAUCUUUUCUGGGUUUUGAUUUUCAAUUUUGUCCCGAGUGGGCAGCAUGUAUGAACCAUCCUGUCUAUUCCCUAUUCAUGAAAGCAAGUAACAUCUACGUGAAAGUGUCCAUCAAGUAA